AUGCCAACAAAUUUAAAAUUAGAAGGCAAAAGCCUGUAGUUUUUAAGACUGAUUCUAGCAAUUACUGCUUCGAUUUAUAGGAUAUCUGUUAUUGUUUCGAUAGUCAAUUUUAUUUAGCAAGAUCUUUUGAAGUUAGCGAUUCCUUUAAUAAUAACUUAAUUAUUUAUGAUAGGAUCUUCAGUUUUUGGGAUAGUUAGCAGCUAAAAUUAGCAAAGUUUUAAGGAUAACAUUCUCAGAGAGUUAGUUUAUUUAAUACCAAACAUAAAAAAGAAUGAGCAAGGACCUCAUUGGCCAAGCUCGUUUAGUUUAUUGUCUAAAGUUUAUGGUCAUUUCCUUGAGAUGAUAUACUUAAUGGCCAUAAUAAUAUUCACAGAAAAAACUAGCUUAAAUGAUCAAAUAGUUUAGAUACUCAAUUUUUUUCUGCUUGUAUUUAUUUUGGAAUCAUAAUAUGCAAAAAACAACGUAAGCUUAUUUUAGUUGCUUUCAAAUGUCAUUUUGAGAUUUGCAGCGAGAAGUUUGUUUCUUGGAUAGUUUUUGCUUUGUCAUAGAUCGAUAUAUUUCUUUGUCUUUGAUUUGAUAGUCGUAGUCUUGUUUAUAAGUUUUUCUGGAAUUGAGGAAUUACAGUAAAAUGCUUUCACAUUUGGAUACAAGUAUGAUGAACCCAAAGAAAAACUGUCAUCUUCGUUUCCAGAAAAUCUUAUUUUGCCUCCUCUUAGCUUUGGUAUUCAUUUUAUAAAAAGUUCAAAAAGUGAAAAUGAAGAGCUAGAUGUAGAGAAAGAAAAUAUUUUUUCAGGAAUACAAGUCAUACAUAUAGCAGCAAUGAUUCUCUUUGAUCUUGUAUUCAAUAAUUGGGAAUAAAAUAAAACUUUCAGAAGAAUCCUUCAUAUUUAUUUGAUCAUUCUUUUUUAUUAAUUCAUUAAAUCUCUCAUUUGGCUUUUUAAAUUCUUGAUGUAUGGACCCAUUGUUAGGACUUUACUUGUAGAUUGUUAAGACCUGGCUUUUGUGAGUGAUGCAAAUUUAUAAAAACAAUACUUCCGCUUUAAGCCUUUAUAAAAGAUAAUUAAUUUGAAGUUCUAGAACUUCUAAGCGUACUAGUUUAAAAGAAUAGUAAAGAUCCUAAUGUAAACAUAAAAGCAGUUUAAUAUUUUCAUGAAAUGUGGAUAAUUCGAUGACGAGUUUGUAACAGCUAAAAGCGAAAAUGCUAUUUACUUAUAUAUCUCGAAUAUAGAGUUUACUUCAACAAUAGUUUCUUUGAUUGCAGAGGAGUAAUAUUAUUAAUUACCUUUUCAAAUAAAAGUGUCAGAGCAAGUCACUUAAUUCAAAGAAAAGUUUCUACUCAACGAGUUUGUGUAAAAUUACUAAAUUAUUCCAAACAUAGCAGAAGAUAGUGAUAUGAAUAAUUGUAUCAUCCAUUUUAAGCUCAUAGUUCUACAAUCAGUCGUUUUCCAAAAAUUCAUUUAAAGCGAAUUGCAUUUCAUGCCAAAGCAAAUCUUUUACGAUAUUUUUGAUGAAUGA